UGGUUUUUUCUCAUUCAAACACGCGCAUUUUUUUGUUAUGGAAGUCUUCCAUCGUAUCGCAGCGCCACAGGGAGGUGAAGGCACUGGCGCAUCGAUUUGUCAGGAAUUCCAUGUUGCGAGGAGCGCUAAUCGAGGCGAUCGCCGUGUCUAGUUGCGUGAUUCACAGCAUUGCUGUCAUCGCCAACGCUAGGGGCUGUGGUGAGUGAUCUGUGGCGCAAUAUAAGGCGGUGCUGGGAUCUGGGAGCGGCAUUCUGGGGGAAUUGGCAUGGGAUCCGCCGAGAAUGGGCAGGAUCAUCGCGAGGAGCUGGAGGCUAGGGGAAAGAAGCGGAGGAAGGGUUUGCGCCGCCGGCUAUGGAGUUGGGCGGUGCUGGCGGCGCUGGUGGCGAUCUUCGCAAUGAGCGUGACUGGGACGUCUCCUAAGUUUUUCAACUACAGGGCGUACUUCCCGUGCCCUUGGCCGCAUCACAAUUCGCAGAAGCUCUCUGGAGUUGUGGAAGACUGCCAGUGUGACUACAAAACCGUGGACACCAUCAACGAGGAAGUUCUUUUCCCUGCGCUCCAAAGCCUUGUAAAGAAGCCAUUCUUUCGAUACUUCAAGGUGAAACUUUGGUGCGAUUGCCCGUUCUGGCCGGACGAUGGUAUGUGCCAUCUCCGCGACUGUAGCGUUUGCGAGUGCCCGGAGAACGAGUUCCCCGAGACUUUCAAACGGCCGAGUGGCCAACUUUCGCCAGCGGAUCCAAAGUGUCAAGAAGGAAAGCCACAGGCCACUGUGGAUAGAACGCUAGACAACCAAGCUUUCCAUGGCUGGACCGAAGCUGACAAUCCCUGGACGUAUGACAACGAAACAGACAAUGCGGAGAUGACGUACGUAAAUCUCGUGCUGAAUCCCGAGAGAUACACUGGCUACAUCGGUGCAUCGGCUCACCGCAUCUGGGACACGAUCUACAAGAUGAACUGUUUCAAAGACGCGCACAAGGAUGUCUGCACGGAGAGGCGGAUCCUCUACAAGCUGAUAUCCGGUUUGCAUUCCUCUAUCUCUGUCCAUAUAGCAUCCGAUUAUUUAUUGGAUGAAUCCACAAACCACUGGGGGCCGAAUUACACUCUCCUUCAUGAGCGUGUGGUGCAAUACCCCGACCGUGUGAAGAACCUCUAUUUCGUCUAUCUCUUCGUGCUUCGAGCAGUAAACAAGGCCUCCGCGUUUCUUGCUCAAGCCGAGUACAGCACUGGCAACACGAUCGAGGACGCCACAACGCAGUUGCUGAUUAAGGACUUGGUCACAAGCCAGCGGCUGCUAAACUUGUGCCCGGUUCCUUUCGACGAGGCACAGCUGAGAAGCGUGGAUGGAGGGGAGCUCAAAAGCCAUAUCCAAGAGCAUUUCCGGAAAAUCAGUGCCCUUAUGGACUGUGUUGGAUGUGAAAAAUGCCGCUUGUGGGGGAAACUCCAGACACUUGGUCUAGGCACCGCCCUCAAGAUUUUGUUCUCGGAAGAAACGUCGCCGCAUUCGCUCAAUCUCCAAAGAAACGAAGUGAUCGCGUUGAUCAAUCUCCUCUCUAGACUGUCAGAGUCUCUAAAGUUUGUGAACGAUUCGCUACUCCAGAACAAAGUCAAGGGCCUGGGCUCGCGCGAUAUGUGAGCUCUCGCUCCCUCUGGAGCAGCGCGAACGAAUUCUAAGAGGACAAGAGAAAAAAUUUUGAGCACUACCUAGAACUGGAAUUUAGCAAAGCUAACAAAUAAAUACCGCUAAACUUUUAAA